AUGUGAUCACAAAAAAGAAGAAAUUAAAGAUGGCCCAAUCUGCUUCUGGAAACGUUGGAAGUAAGAGUAACGAGUUCGAUAGCAUUGUCGAGAGAUGCUAUCAAACUCAUUUUGCAGAUGGCAAGGAUUUAACCUUAGCUGAUUUCUACCGAGCAGUCUGUGAAACAGUCGAAGAAAUCAACAAAAAGCUUGGAAGCACCCAAUUCAAUGUGCCAAAGACUACCACCCUCAAGCUAGUAUUUAAAAAACACCAAGACGCCUUAAAAAAUGUCACAGAAAAAGUCAAAGAGGAAGUCGCCACAGAUAAAGCCACAGAAAAAGUCGGAGAGGAAGUCGCCACGGAUCACAAAGUCGCAGAAAAAGUCACAGACGAAGUCGCCAAAGACAAAUCCACGGAAAAAGUCACAGACGAGAAACUGAUGUUCACAAAGGAGAUGUUUGAAGAGGUUCUGCAAGAAGUGGUUGUGGAGAGUGGAUUUAGUGCAGGGUUUGGAGCAAAGGACAUGCUCACAUACAUUUUUGGAAUUCCGAUGACUGCGUUGCUGAUCAAGCAACGCUUCGGACCAAAGACGAUCCCUAACGACUUAUUCAUUCCGGCCAUCACCUCUGCCACCGUCUUCCUCCUUGCAAAACUUCAGAAGAUUUGAUCAAUGUACAUAUUCUACUCAGCCACAUAUCAUAAUGACUCCAUAGAAAAUACAUAUUGAUUUCUACC